CAGCAACCAUCAUCCAUAUUCGAAUUGACAAGGAAAUCGCAAAGACACAGACAUCUAUCGACAUGGAGCGAGCCGUCUGAGGCGUUGGAUCGAAUCUUUGCUAUUGUCAACAAGUACUUGGCUGCAUGAACAGCAUGAAGAGCUUUCCCCGAAACUGCAGCACAAUCCAUGCUUUCAAGCCAUCAACAUGCAUCAGAAGAAUAUUCGUUCAGAAAAGAGCUGCCUCGAGCGUCAGCCAGCCCGCAGCAGAAAUAAGCUCUGCAGCUGAGAUAUCAAGCGCCAGGAACUACUGCCUGGAUCUGUUGAGGAAAUAUGAUACGCCUUCGUCUCUGCUUUUGCCAUACAUUCCGAGCCACGCCAGAGAUGCCUAUGUCGCCCUUCGGGCAUUCAACAUAGAUGUUGCUCGGACCGCCGAUACCACCUCGACUCCUACCAUUGGUAUGAUGCGGCUUCAAUUCCAUCGCGAUGCGGUUACCAAGUCCCUAGCUGGAACGCCACCGAAACAGCCUAUUGCUCUGAUGCUAGCCUACGCAGUGGACGAUCUGCAAGCGAGGACUGGAGGACGUUCCAAGUUCAGCAAAAGCUGGCUGAUGCGAAUUGUCGACACUCGGGAGAAGUAUCUGUCAAAUCCUCCCUACCCAAAUGUUGCGGCACUGGAAAGCUACGGCGAGAACACCUACAGCACUCUCCUGUAUCUAACACUCCAGGCUCUUCCGAUGUCGAGUACAGCCGCAGAUCACAUAGCUUCGCAUAUCGGGAAAGCCAUAGGCAUAACAGCGAUUUUGCGUGGCCUUCCCCUGAUCGCUUUUCCAGGUCCCGCGAAUUCGCACAGUAACCAAGGUGUCCUAGCUGGCGAUGUAGGCGCCACUCGACAAGGAGCUGUAAUGCUUCCUUUGGAUAUCAUGGCUGAGGCUGGAGUUCGUGAAGAGGAUGUGCUGCGGAAUGGCGCUGACGCCCAUGGACUCCGAGAUGCGGUCUUUGCGGUCGCCACACGUGCUAACGAUCAUCUCAUCACUGCUCGUCAGCUGCUCGACACAAUACGGGCGGGCAAUGAAACUGAUCACGAAUUUGAACAUCAAGAUGAAGAGGAACAUGUCCAUCUGCCAUCUAUUGGCCGUGUCGAAACUCCAGCUCAGGAGGUCGAGCGUGCUUUCGGCGUUUACAUGCCAGCUAUUGCCACUCAAAUGUGGCUCGAUCGGUUACAACAACACGACUUCGACGUAUUCCAAUCGAAGCUGAGGACGACCGACUGGAAGCUACCAUUCAAAGCAUAUUGGGCAUACAAACGUCGCAAGAUCUAAUCGACGUGCGAAUUCAAUUGCCCGAAGCAAGAUCAGAUGCCUCAGAAUGAGUGGGUCGCUUCUGGGAUAGAGGCAGACAUCAGUCGGGAACAUUAUGGUAGAGGGCUGAAGCAGGCUUCAGUUUGACCAUGUUGGGAGUACUCGAGCAGCUGCAAAGCAAGGCCAGCCAGGUGGUCGCAUAUCCGUCGUUACCAUAUACGAUCAACUUUGGCUGAGGGGACACGAAGCCUCACAACACCAAGCGGGAUCUAUGAACAGCCCACCGGGACGCGAUGCCGUA